AUGAGGCUUUUUAAUCCAUGGGAGAUGGGUCAGGACCAGACAAAGCAACAGAUAGAGAAAGGACUCCACCUUUACCAGUCUAAUCAGACCGAAAAGGCCCUGCGAGUCUGGAUGAGGGUUUUGGAGAAGUCUGCGGAUCCUGCUGGCAGGUUUCGGGUUUUGGGUUGCCUCAUCACUGCUCACGCAGAGAUGGGCAGAUACAAAGACAUGCUGAAGUUUGCAGUGGUACAGAUUGACACAGCACGGGAGCUGGAAGACCCAGAUUUCCUUACAGAGAGCUACCUAAACCUGGCUCGCAGCAAUGAGAAACUCUGUGAAUUCCAGAAAACAAUCUCUUACUGUAAGACGUGCCUGAACAUGCAGGGUACCACUGUGAGCCAGCAGCUGAAUGGCCAGGUGAGCCUCAGCAUGGGCAAUGCCUUCUUGGGCCUCAGCAUUUUCCAGAAGGCUUUGGAGUGCUUUGAGAAAGCUUUACGCUACGCACACAACAACGAUGACAAAAUGCUGGAAUGUCGAGUCUGCUGCAGCCUCGGGAACUUCUACACCCAGAUAAAGGACUACGAGAAAGCCUUGUUUUUCCCAUGUAAAGCUGCUGAACUGGUGAAUGAUUACGGGAAGGGCUGGAGCCUGAAGUACCGUGCCAUGAGCCAGUACCACAUGGCCGUGGCCUAUCGGAAGCUGGGGCGCCUGGCAGAUGCCAUGGAUUGCUGUGAGGAGUCCAUGAAGAUUGCCCUGCAGCAUGGUGACCGGCCACUGCAAGCACUGUGUCUGCUCUGCUUUGCAGAUAUCCAUCGCAGUCGCAGAGACGUGCAGACAGCCUUCCCUCGGUAUGAUUCUUCCAUGAGCAUCAUGACAGAGAUUGGAAACCGCCUGGGCCUGAUCCAGGUGCUGCUAGGAGUGACUAAGUGCUGGAUGAUUCAAAAGGAGCUGGAUAAGGCUCUGGAAAGCAUUGAAAAGGCACAGGAGCUGGCAGAGGGACUAGGGAACAAGCUUGGCCUGCUGAAGCUCCACUGCCUGUGUGAAAGGAUCUAUCGCACGAAGGAGCAGCAGCAAGAAUUGCGUGACCACGUAGUGAAGUUCCAUGAAUGUGUGGAGGAGAUGGAGCUGUACUGUGGCAUGUGUGGGGAGUCCAUCGGGGAGAAGAACAACCAGCUCCAGGCACUACCUUGCUCUCACUUCUUCCACUUGAAGUGCCUCCAGACCAAUGGGACCCGCGGCUGCCCCAACUGCCGCCGCCUCUCGGUGAAGCCGGGAUACGUCUGAGCGCCGGGGCUCGGCCGGGACUGACGAAGC